CUCGCGUUUUCAAAUCAAGCACCAUGGAUAAAAAGGAAAGAACUGGUAAUAUAACAGAAGAACAAAGAUGUUUGCUCAUCGAAUUUAUGAAAGUUCAUCCAGAAUUAGUAUCGGGAAAGUUUUCUAAAACUUUUACGUACGAUCAUGCAGCAAAGUUAUGGCAAGAAGUGACCGACAUUUUGAAUGCUUGCAACGAUGCCGAGAAAUAUUGGAAAUCAUGGCGUAAGUGUUGGCAAGAUUAUCGUUCUCGCAGUAAAACGAAGCAAGCAGGGAUAAACAUGGAACAACGUAAAACGGGAGGUGGGGCACAGUGCAGUGCAGUUCUUACAUUAGAUGAACAAGAAGUAGUGGAUUUAAUUCCAGCAUCAUUAACUAAGGGUCAUGCAGAUAUUUCGGAAUCAUGUAUGGAUAUGACUUUGGGCGAAGAGAAUGACUUGGCAGUAGAAGCAGAAAAUAUAGAAUUUCUUGAUGAUGACUAUAAUAUCAUUCAAGCUUCAAUAGCUACUUCUGCUAUACAGGCAACUGAGGCAAGUGAGGCAACCAUCAAAACAUCAAAUAUUAAUAACAACGAAAAUACUGAAAAUUACGAUCCAUCUACGUUGACAAAGUCGAAACGGACAUCCUCAAGGCAAAAAGUAAAUGAAGUAAGAGAUUCUACGCGUAUUUUAGCCGAUGUUGCCGAAAAGACAUAUACUAUGAAGAAGAAAUUCUGCGACGACCUUAUACUAUGUAAGAAAAGAACGGCCAAAGCUCAGGAGCGCAUGGCAAGAGCUGCGAAGAAAAGUGUAAAAAAUAAUUGCAACACGAUGUGAUCAUACUCGUAUGUUAAUUGUUUGUGUACUCGUAUGUUAAGUAUUAUAAUCUUUAGUUUUACAUUUCA